CUCUGACUAGCUAGCCCCAUAAUUAAGCUCGAUCGAUCAUGCCUGUUAAUAUGAUUUCCAAGUUACUUGAGAAGGCUGUUCUUCCAGCACUGGAUGUUGCACCUCCUGUGAAAAUUGGAGAGUCUCGGCGUACAGCUGUGCUGCGCAAUCCAAACAUGGAGAAGCUUCAGAAGGGUUACUUGUUCCCAGAGAUUAGCAUUAAACAUGAGGAGCACCUGAGGAAGUACCCAGAUGCGAAGGUGAUAAGUCUGGGUAUCGGCGACACAACUGAACCCAUACCAAGCAUCGUAACAUCAGCUAUGGCUGAGUAUGCUCUUGCAUUGUCAACUCCUGAAGGGUACCAAGGUUAUGGUCCAGAGCAAGGCCACAAGAAUCUGAGGAAGGUUAUUGCUGACACGGUGUACCCUGACAUGGGGAUAAAAGAGACCGAAGUUUUCAUUUCAGACGGAGCACAGUGCGACAUUGCUCGUCUUCAGACGCUUUUUGGGCCGAACGUCACCAUUGCCGUCCAAGAUCCAACCUUUCCGGGCUACGUGGACAACGGCGUGAUCGUAGGGCAGACCGGCAAGGUGGACGACGCCGGCAGGUACGCCGGGAUCGAGUACAUGCGGUGCGCGCCGGAGAACGCCUUCUUCCCGGACCUGGCGCGGGUGCGGCGGACCGACGUGAUCUUCUUCUGCUCGCCCAACAACCCGACGGGGCACGCGGCGUCGAGGGAGCAGCUGCGGCAGCUGGUGGAGUUCGCGCGGCGGAACGGCUCCAUCGUCGUCUUCGACUCGGCCUACGCGCCCUACGUGUCCUCCUCCGGCGGCGCGGGCGGCGCGCCGAGGUCCAUCUACGAGAUCCCGGGCGCGAGGGAGGUGGCGAUCGAGGUGUCGUCCUUCUCCAAGUUCGCCGGGUUCACCGGCGUGCGGCUCGGGUGGGCGGUGGUGCCCGACGAGCUGCUCUACGCCGACGGCUCCCCGGUGGCGCGCGACUUCGACCGCGUCGUGUGCACGUGCUUCAACGGCGCGUCGGGCGUGGCGCAGGCCGGCGGGGUGGCGUGCCUGUCCGGGGAAGGCCGCGCCGCCGUGCAGCGCGUGGUGGGGGUGUACAGGGAGAACGCGCGGGUGCUGGUGGAGACGUUCGCGUCGCUGGGGAAGGAGGUGUACGGCGGCGCCGACGCGCCCUACGUGUGGGUGCGCUUCCCGGGGCGGCGCUCCUGGGACGUGUUCGCGGAGAUCCUGGAGAAGACGCACGUCAUCACCGUGCCCGGCAGCGGGUUCGGCCCCGGCGGCGAGGGGUUCAUCAGGGUCAGCGCCUUCAACAGCAGGGACAGGGUCCUCGAAGCGUGUGACCGCCUCAAAAGCUUCCUCGCCUGACAUGCGUACGUGCGUUGCCUGCGUAGCCCAUGCAUCGAUUCUUCUUCCGUCCCUCUCCCUCCUAUGUAUAUGCACUUUAAUUUCUACUUAUAUAUACACUGUAUGUACCAAGGCAACGUAUGCACGUACGUAGGUAUUAAUAACUUUGCGGUGAGCUGACAUUUAUACCGGCUCUGACUGUCCAAGUAAAGUAAAAUAAGUAAUGCACGUGUUGUGUGUAUUGAUCGAGAAGAGCUGUGAGGCAGU